UCAGAACCCCAACGUUAAAAUCGCCUUCUCUCUCUCCUCCUCUGACUGCCUAUAUAAACUUUACGUUCCCGGCGAUUUCACGUAAACUCAUCUCAACACAAUACACAAACCAAAAAAGAAAGGGACAAAGCUUGAAAAUUAAUAUACAAGAAUAUGAAACCCAUUUUCUCUCUCCCUCUCUAAUAUUAAUUUUCCUAUAAAUUGUUGUUGAUCAAUUGAGCAAAGUGAAAGAAAGGUUAAAGAACGGAGCUUUGAGUCUUAGCUAUUUGAAUUGUCUUAAGACUUUUAAUGGCGAUGGGACCAGAAAGAUCAAAGCCUUUACACAAUUUCACCUUACCAUGUGGGCUUAAGUGGGGGAACCAGAAGUUCUUGAGGUGCGCUAAGGUUGAUUCCGACGGAGAAAUCUCUACCGUUCAUCGCAGGCCAUAUAAUAAAGAAUCGAUCGGACGGCGGAGGGAACCGGAGGCGGUGGAACGGCACCGAUUAAAUGAUCGGUUUAGUCGGAAAUUCAGGUCGGUAUAUGCCGGCGAUAGUGGAGAGGGAAUCGGAGCUAUGAGAGAGAAGCUUAUGUUUGAUCUUCAAACAGAAGCUGACAAGAUGAAAGACGCGAUUUUCAAAGAAGGUUUGAAUGAGCAACCGGAGAAGGAAGUAUCGCCGGCGCCGGCGAAAACUGUGACGGCGGAUGCAGCUGAUGUCGUCGACUUAUCCAGGCCGUGGAACUUAAGGACUCGCCGAGCGGCUUCUAAGGAGCCUAACGGAUUCACUCCCGGCACCGGCGGAUCGAAAGGAGGGUUGAAGAUUGAGGUUAACAGAGCUAAUGCUUCGUCGCCAUUAAGGACGGAGAACAAAUCUCCGACACUUCGAAGUGGUUUUGCCGGUGGAGCGGCGGCCGGAGCUUCUACCAGCGGUGAGAAGAGAGAGAGGGUGAAGUUUUCGGUUCCCCUUUCGCGGAAGGAGAUCGAGGAUGAUUUCAUGGAUAUGGUAGGACAUAGACCCCCUCGUAGACCCAAGAAACGAGCUAAAUUUGUUCAAAAGAAUUUGGACACGUUAUUUCCAGGGUUGUGGUUGACGGAAAUUACAGCUGAUUUAUACAAAGUGCCUGAUGAUCAGUAGAUAGAUUGAAAAGUGGUUGCUUGCUUUCUUCUUGUCUGAUAUUGAACACAAAAAUUUUCUCUAUCGGGCAUGGUCUUUCUGCAAGUCCAAACUGCUCUCCUCCGUGGUAUGAGAUUGUAGUGAAGCUAAAGGGCAAGUUGAGAUGAUUUUUCUGAAAGCGCAAGCUCGCCGCUUCCUAUAUAUAUGAUUAUAUUCUAGGUGCAGCAGCUCUUUGAGAGAUUUCUGAAAUGCAACUGAAACCUGCAACACCUAGAGCCUGUCAUUUUAGCUGAGGUUCUUAGUAAAAUGUAUAUCCAGUUGGCUCUUGCAUUUGGUUUCAUCUUUCUCCUUGCAUUUUUCUUUUGAAAUCUCGAUGAAGAAGCAUGUUCGAGCUCAAUUCUCACUUCCCAAUGUUUUCCUGUGAAAUCAUUCUUGAAUUUUCUAUUGCUAUCUCUGAAGAUCUAGUGUCCAUACCUUUGAGGUCGGUCUGGAAAAGGUUCAAAUUUAUCCAUUUGC